GUUUAGUCAAUCAUUAGCUUCCAGUUUAUUAUCAGAACUUCCCGCGGUGAGAUGUCCAGAGAAGUGUUAUUGCUGUUAGGUUUAUUGGUCUUCACCGGGGCCAUAAAACUCAAAUCCGAGCAAAUUACUAAAGACUGGUGGGAACGAGCCGGAUUCUACCAAGUGUAUCCACGUUCCUUUAAGGAUAGCAAUGGGGACGGAAUUGGCGACCUGAACGGAAUAACCGAAAAACUGUCCUAUCUGAAGGAUAUUGGUAUGCGAGGUUUUUGGCUAUCGCCAAUGUAUAAAAGCCCGAUGGCCGACUUUGGGUAUGAUAUUUCGGAUUUUCGAGAUAUUCAACCCGAAUAUGGUACGAUGGAUGACUUCAAAAAACAAGUUGCCGAAGCCAAACGGUUGGGACUGAAACUGAUCCUGGAUUUUGUCCCCAAUCAUUCGAGUGAUGAGCAUGAAUGGUUCAAAAAGUCGGUUGAUCGAGAAGAAGGAUACGCGGAUUACUACGUGUGGAGAGAUGGAAAGCCUGAUCCAAACAACGCUAGUCAACGAUUGCCACCAAAUAAUUGGCUAUCGGGAUUCAGAGGAAGCGCUUGGCAGUGGAAUGAAAAGCGACAACAAUUCUACUAUCAUCUGUUCACAGCACAACAACCGGAUUUGAACUUCCGCAAUCCCAAAGUGGUACAGGAAAUGAAGGACAUCCUACUUUUCUGGUUAAAUCUUGGGGUUGAUGGUUUUCGGGUAGACUCUGUUGGGUGUAUGUUUGAAAUUCCGGCGGAUGAAAACGGUGACUUUCCGGACGAACCGCUGAGCGGUACGACAGACGAUCAGGAAGAUUUUGCGUACCUCGAGCACAUUUACACAAUCGAUCGGUUGGAAAAUGUGGAAAUGGUCUACCAAUGGAGGGAACUAUUGGAGGACUAUCAGAAUGAGCAUGGCGGGGACAAGCGCAUCAUGAUGACCGAGUCGUGGUCCAGUUUGGACGUAAUAAAACCUUAUUUCAAUGACAUCACAGGCCGAGAAGGCGCACAAAUGCCGUUCAAUUUUCGAAUGAUUACGGAGCUGAACAGCACAUCAACGGCUUACGAGUUCAAGAAUGUGAUAGAUUCAUGGAUGAGUAUUGUAGACAACUAUCAUACGGCAAACUGGGUUUUGGGGAAUCACGAUCGCAGUCGUGUUGCGACUAGAAUGGGCGAACAACGAGCCGAUGCCUUAGCUAUGAUUCAGCUCACACUGCCUGGAAUAAGUGUCACAUACCAGGGCGAUGAACUUGGAAUGACCGACGUCGAAAUUUCGUGGGAUGAGACGGUUGAUCCGGCUGGUUGUAACGAAGGACAGGAAAACUACGCACUCAAGUCACGUGAUCCGGUGCGGACUCCUUUUCAGUGGGAUGAUUCCAACUUGGCAGGGUUCACUAAUGGGACCAAAACAUGGCUACCAGUGGGGCCGAACUAUAGAACGGUUAACGUUAAGGUGCAAAGUAGCAAUGCGAAGAGUCAUCUUAGCGUAUUUAAAGCUUUGAUGCUACUUCGAGAAGGGGAUACAUUCUUAUAUGGAGAUUGGCAAACAGUUGCGUUGAAUGAUCAGUUGUUUGCAGUUGUAAGAGAUUUGAAAAUAUCCAACGCCUACAUUACGCUGGUUAAUUUGGGAAGCACGGUUCAGACUGUGGAUGCUAACAGUUUGGUUAGCAAAGUGCCGAAACAAUUGUAUUAUGUGAUAGUAUCAGGAUCGUCUCAACAUACGAUUGGGGAAACGGUAUCGUCGAAAACCAUUCUCUUGCAACCCUAUGAAUCGUUUGUUCUGGAAGCACGACGUUCAGAAGACACUAAAAUGCGCGCUGAAGUUUGUGAACGUUGGCUGCUAUAGGAUGCAGAAAAUUUCAAUAAUGAUUGUUAAUUGUUCUAAAUAGGUUAAUGCUUUUCACCAAGAUAACUAUCAAAGUAAAAGUAGUUU